UCCAGAUGACCAUGACGUCAUCACAAUAGCCAAGAUGGAGGCAGUUCCGCGGAUGCCGAUGUUGUGCCUGGAGUUGAAAUUUUCUCCUACAGAAGAGGACGAAUUCGGCCCUGUCAUAAGAAAGUAUGUGAGUACGUUUUACAGUGAAGAUCCCAGGGGGUAUGAUGAAGAGAUAAGGAAACUGCGACAGUUACAACAGUGUGCAGUCCGAGUGAGCCAGGACUUUGAGGGUUGCAGUGUCCUGAGGAAGUACUAUGGACAACUGCAGUAUCUGCAGAGCAGGUUUCCUAUGGGGGAGGGGGGCGAUGCAGCCGUGCCCUUUACAUGGAGUGACGUUUACUCUGGCAAGUUGAUCACCUCUGCUGACAUCAGAUUUGAACAGGCUUCAAUCCUCUAUAACCUGGCUGCCUUACAUUCUAUCCUCGGGUCGACUGACAACAGAAUGUCUGAAGAGGGCAUGAAAGUUUCCUGCACUCAUUUCCAAUGUGCUGCGGGGGCCUUCAGCUAUCUGAGAGACCAUUUUGGGAGCCUGCCUACACCUGAUACGUCAUUUGACAUGCUGAACUUUUACAUCAACUUGAUGUUGGGACAAGCACAAGAAUGUCUGCUGGAGAAGUCCAUGCAGGACAACAGGAAACCUUCCCUGGUAGCCAGGAUCAGUAUGCAGGUGGUGGCGUUCUACACACAAGGGUUGAGAAUUCUGGACACUCCUGAUGCCACACAGAUCAUCGGAUCUAAACAUCACAAAGAGUGGAAAAGACUCCUGCAGAUAAAAAUCAACUACUUUACAUGUAUUUCAUACUUAUUCAUGGGAAAUCAGGCAGAUGAGCAGCAGAAGUUUGGAGAAAAGGUCACUUACUACAAGAGUGCCUUGGACAAGUUAACUGAAGCAGUCAAACUAGCAAAGGGUCAACUAGACAGUAUUUCCGAAGCCUUACAGUUUACCAUGGAUGUGGUGGGAGGAAAGUAUGGAGGAGCUAAAAAGGAUAAUGACUUUGUGUACCAUGAGACAGUUCCAGCAAUUGAGUCUAUGCCAGAGCUGAAAGGUGCAUCGCUAGUGAAAGCCCUUCCUUUCCAGCCAAUCGACACAAGUGUUACAGGACCAGAUAUCUUUGAGAGACUGGUGCCCAUGGAAGCACAUGAGUAUUCCUCCAUGUACAGUGAGGAGAAGGCAAAGCUUCUACGGCAGGUCGUUGCAGAAAUUGAACUGAAAGAUGAACAGUUACACCAAUAUCUGGACUCGUUGGACCUGGGUCAGCUGCUGGAGACGCCUGAGUCUACCCGCCUGCCCCAGUCCCUGCUGGAGAAGUGUGCUGCCAUGAGUGUGAGGCAGGACACCAUGAAAACACUGUCUGGGUCCAUGCAAGUGCUAUCCAGUGUGAGGUUGGAUGUGGAGGCAGGACUGAGGGAAGUGGAACAACUGGUGGAGGAUGAGAGGAUGAAGGAGAAGGAUUUUCAGGAUGCAUAUGGAGCCAGAUCAGCCUCCAUUAUCUGCAGUGACAUUGCCAGAGAGUUGGACAAGUACAAGGAGGCCCACAGCAAGGCCUCCCAGACCAGCACAGACCUGCGCACGUCCAUGAACACACAUGUCAGUAACCUCAAACUUCUGUCUGGACCUUUGGAGGUGUUACAGGCUGCACUGCCUUCACAGAACAUCAUGGAUGCACCAGUGGAUGAAAGUGUGAGGAAGAACCUGAAGAUGUUAAAAGAGAAAGUGGAGGAGAUGCAGCAGCAGAGGAAGAUGCUGGAGGAUCAGCUGAGAGAACAGAUCCAGAACGAUGACAUCACACAAGUGCUGGUCACACGGGACCAGGGCAACUUGGAGGAGUUGUUCAAACAGGAGCUGAGGAAGUAUGACCAGGUCAUAGCAUACAUCCACCAGAAUCUGGCUGCUCAGGACAAUAUUCUAAAGGCACUCACUGAGGUCAACGCCAAGUAUGCAGCUACCAGGAAGGCCAGCAUAGAGACGGAACAGAGGAGAGAGAAUAUGGUGCAGUCACUGAUUGCCUCCUAUGAUGCUCAUGAAGACCUGCUGGCCAAGUGUCAGAAAGGUGUGGAUUUCUACCAGAAGCUCCAGACUAACGUCAGUAAACUCCUGCAGAGAACCCGGGGUGUGUGUAAGGUACAGGAGGAGGAGAGGCAGCAGAUCAUGGACAGGACAAAAAGCAGGCGACCUAAGAAGCCCCCAGCUCGUCCCACAGCCCCCAAACCUAACCUGGGUCCCCCGGCUGCCCCCAUGGCUGCCCUGCCUACAUUCAUCCCUCCUGGAGGACCUUACGAUGACCCGACUGUGAGUGUGUUCCAUUCUACCAUCCCAACAAAUCAGUAUCCUACUCCUCCCUCUGUCAGAAACCCAAAUAUCACAGCUGCUUUUUCAGGACAGUCCAACCUGGGACCUGCUGGGACUAAUUUUCCCAGUACAAACCUGGACAGCAGUAUUUCAUCCACUGGCACAGGUGGCAGUGUGGCUAACAUCAGUCCUGUGCAUGACCAUGUGCCAGCACCAGCAGCUGUGCCAUCCAGCUGGUCCCACCAACAGAACCUGCUCCCUCCAGCACAGUCGUCAGCUCAGCUGCCCACAACUUUCCCUCAGUCUGGUCAUAACGUACAACCAAACCCUGCACAGAUGACAGCUUACCCUAAGGGUUCAUUAGAAGACGGCAUGUCCUGUGGGGAUGGCCGGGUGGGGAGUACCUUCCCAACACAGCCGUACCAGGGUCUGCAGCAGCACCCUGCAGGUCACAUACAUGGCAACCACAUCCAGUGGGGGGGCAGUGGCAUGUCCCAGACAGUUGACACCCUCAACACUCCUAUUGUUACCCACAAACAACAGGAAAGCCUGCUGCCAUCCAUGCAGCUACAGGAGAAAGGCCCAGCAUUUCUGUCAGAGGGACAAGCCCAGGACAUGACACCAGGAUUUAACCUUGGUCAGCAGUAUGGCCAGACACAAGUCAGCUCAACUCACCAACAAGUCAGGUUUCCAGUCUCCAGCAACAGCCAAAAGCAAACACAAUUGCAGGAAGAAAGCGUUUAUGGAAUUCAAGUUCCUCAGAAUUUUGUCAGUGUCCCUGGUGAAUCAGUUCAACACAGAUCAGCUCUUCAGUUCCCUACUUCAAACAUGAACAUGAAUAACUCAGCUGCAGCCUACCUUCCUCCUAACCCAUCAUCAGACAUGCAGUACAUGGAUCUACAGCCUGGGGUGGGGCAAGACUUUCAAAGUAUUCAGCCUCAAACUAUCAAACCAACUGUAAAUGUGCCGCCACAGUUACCCAUGGGCGGGACACAGUCCCUGUCUCACAUGCCUGCUUCAUCUGCUGUCCUGGAUAUGUCUCCCAAAGUCAGUAAUCAGAUGGCUGAUCAGACAGCUCCUGCUGUUCCUCCCCACAUGCUGCCCUCAGGUCAGCAUCCCUUAAUGCCACAUAGCCUCCCUCAGCACCAAAUGGUGCCAACAUCCCAACUGCCUUACCAAAACAUUCAGCCAAUCAACCAGCAGAGUCUUGCUGUAGACAAUCAGAAUGUCCUACCGGUGCAUCAUCAGGUGACUUUCAUGGCCAAUCAGAAUGUUGUCCCUGGAGGGGAGGAGCCAAGUGUGCCCAAUCAGAAUGUUCUUCAGAUGGGUCCAGCAGCUGCCAUUGGCCGUCAGCCUUUCCCUGUGGUUGGUCCAGCAGGAGGUAUGGUGGGGGGUGGGUCCAUCCUGCAGCCUGUUCCUGUCAUGAGCUCCACGGGUACCACAGGCACUGAUGACCUGCUAUCCUCCAGUCCUGAGGGGGAGCACCAGGCUCUCAAAGACUCUCAUCAGGUUCUGAUGCCAAAGGUUCUGACUAACGAAGACAAGCAGGAGCUCCUGAGGAAGACUGAGAAGACCAAGUCUCCCCACGAGCCUUACCAUGACCAGUCAUCUUUAGACAAGCUGCUAGAAGAAGUCAACAAACUGGAGAAGAUAGUUGAGGGUUUGGAGAAGAAGACGUUGAGUGGUCAGACCAAACUUGAGAGUGACUGGAAGGGUAUGAUGGAGGCCCAGGAGAAGGAGUCCAGACAGAAGUCCAUCUCUGUCGCCCGCUGCUACUCCAUGAAAAACAGACAUCCAGACAUCAUGCCCUAUGAUCAGAACAGAGUAAAGCUGUCCAGCCUAAAGGAUGAUUACAUCAAUGCCAGCCAUAUAGUGCAUUACGAGAACCCCUCCUGUGCGAGGAUCAUAGCGACCCAGGCCCCCCUCCCCUCCACGUACGCAGAGUUCUGGACGAUGGUGUACGAGCAGCAGGUGUCAGUCAUCGUCAUGCUGAUCAACCAGGAGGAGAGUGGAAAGAAAUGGCAUUGUUACUGGCCAGCGGAGCGAGGUGUUGCAGUGAACUAUAGUCAAGUGACUGUCAGCUUGUACAGUAUUAAGACUCUUCCUACACACAUAGAGAGGAUGUUCAACAUCUCACACAAGGAGACCCGUCUGAUGAGGUCUGUGGUUCACCUGCAGUUUACAGGAUGGCCUGAUGGACAGAGUGUUCCUGACAGCCCAGACAUGUUUCUACAGUUCCAGAAGGAAGUCCUGGAGUAUCACAGACAACAGAGGAGCCUGCAAACACCCAUGGUGGUUCACUGCAGUGAUGGAGUAGGGAGGACAGGAGUGUUCUGUCUCCUGGCUGCUGCUGUGUCAGACAUUAACAUGGAGAGACCCACACCAGACCUGGUCUCUCUGGUCCACCAGCUCCGCAUGCAGAGGAAAUACAUGAUUUCUGAGAAGGCUCAUCUCCAGUUCUGUUACAAAGCCGUGCUGGCACAUGCAGAGUAUCUCCUUAUCAAACGUGGAAUCUUGAGAAACAAACGUCCAGAGAUGCAGACAGCAGCUACAACUGCAUCAGCCCCAAAGGUGGGCUACACACGACUGGACUCCUUUGAUCCUCUGUCUGAAGAUGCUCCAUUGACUAAAGUCCAGUCAACUCUGGAGAAGUUGAGCAUGGGAGAAGGGACAGAUGUCAGCGGCUCCACCUCUCUUCUAUCAGCAGAACUGCAGCAGUCACAGGGCCUCAAGAAGACCAGCCAACAAAAGGAUUUCAACCCCUCAGCCCUCACCACCUCUUCUCCCUCUGUUCCUGCUGCCAUACACACGGACCCACAGUCGGAACCACCACCAGUCAUGUCUCCUAAUCCUGCAGCAGCUACACAGCUGGUGACACCUGCAGCUGCACAGCUGCAGACACCUGCACCACAUGUGCACCUAGAAGAAGGUGAUACCCAGCACCCUGUUUAUAAUGUGAAAUCAAAUGACAUAACAGGAAACAGUGGGCAGCUGUGUAACAAUACCACCAUGUCUACUGACGAAGUACAAGACAACCAGUAUGGUCUGAUACCCAGGGGUUCAGAGGGGAGUGGGUUCAGCAAAUGUGAGAGAAACAGUCCCGUCCUGCAGGAGCUUUCAGUGGAGUCCUUUAAGUUAGAGUUGAACACAAAUACUUCCUCCCAAAAACCGAGUAGGAAGACAGACUUUGACCAGAGAAAAGGGGGUCUUGAUGCACAGAAAGACCCCGCUGACCCUUUUAGUCUGCUGGAUCCAUUUUGGACCAUGAAGACAAAGUAGAUGAAACCAGCUAAAACAGAAAAUAAGGCCAAUGAUUUAAAACAGUCCUAAUUAGCAAUCUAUGACCAGAAAAGCCCUCCCUGUUGUUUGGUAAAAGAAAGUCCUUUGAAGUACACAUACAUGUACCAAUAGUAUAUUUCAAGCUUAUUGGAGCAUUUUCCUUGCAUGUACUUCAAAUGUAUCCCACCUAAAAUGCAGUAAAUUAUGCUUUUUUACAUUCCUACGGCAGUGUUUUCUGAAUCAACAACUUUUUUUUUAUUCAGACAUCAAAACAAUAACAGUCUGAGUUACAACAGGGAACAUAUAGGAGAAAAUCCCUUGUACAGACUGGUGACCUUAUUGUAGGGAGGUUGCAUUAGAGUACACAAAAUUGAUUAUUAUAUAGUGUCAUUUAGGCCACAUCAAUUUAAUUUGUUGCUUCUCA